AACUGAGCACUGUAGAAACGGGACAGCAUUUAAAAGGAGGGUUAAAGGGAGAAAACCGGAUGCCAAAGGCAUAUGUGACAUGACAGCUCUGAGAGGAGAAGCACAGCAAAUAGUGGCAGUGGUUGCCUUCGAGUGAUAGAGGUUCCAUCCUUCUCUUUCUUGAGGAUUUUUGUAUUGUGACUCUAAUAUCUAUAUCAUCAGCAUGUGGGCACAUUCUCUGACAGUACAGGAUUAUCAAGACCUUAUAGAUCGAGGAUGGCGAAGAAGCGGGAAGUAUGUGUAUAAACCUGUCAUGAAUCAGACAUGCUGUCCUCAGUAUACAAUAAGGUGCCGACCUUUACAGUUCCAGCCAUCAAAAUCUCACAAGAAAGUUUUGAAAAAAAUGUUGAAAUUUCUGGCUAAAGGGGAGAUUUCCAAAGGAAAUUGUGGGGAUGAGCCCAUGGAUUCCACAGUGGAGGAUGCUGUUGCAGGUGACUUUGCAUUAAUAAAUAAAUUGGAUAUAAAGUGUGAUCUUAAAACUCUCAGUGAUGACCUCAAAGAGAGCUUAGAGAAUGAAGAGAUGAAGAAAGAAAAAAACUCAAAGAAGGAAGAAUCAAAUGAAUCAAUUCAUUCACAAGCUAUAGAAGAGAAGUUGGGCUCUGGUCAACCAUCACAUUCAAUUAAAGUUCAUACUGUUCCUAAGCCAGGCAAAGGGGCUGAUUUGAGUAAGCCUCCAUGUCGAAAAGCAAAGGAAAUCCGGAAAGAAAGAAAAAGGUUAAAACUCAUGCAGCAAAAUCCAGCUGGAGAACAUGAGGGUUUCCAGGCUCAAGGUCAGCCACCAUCUUUGUUCCCACCAAAGGCUAAAUCCAACCAGCCCAAAUCACUUGAAGAUUUAAUUUUUGAAUCUUUGCCAGAGAAUGCGUCACACAAGUUAGAGGUGAGGGUGGUGAGAUCAUCUCCACCAAGUUCUCAGUUCAAAGCCACAUUUCAGGAGUCUUACCAGGUCUAUAAACGUUACCAGAUGGUUAUUCACAAGGACCCACCUGACAAACCAACUGUGAGCCAGGUGAGGUUAGUACCUGUCUCCUUUGAGGACCCAGAGUUCAAGUCGUCCUUCAGCCAGUCCUUUUCUUUAUAUGUCAAGUAUCAAAUGGCCAUACACCAGGAUCCGCCUGAUGAAUGUGGAAAGACUGAGUUCACGAGAUUCCUUUGCAGUUCACCGUUGGAGGCAGAGUAUCCCCCUAAUGGACCAGAGUGUGGUUAUGGCUCCUUUCACCAGCAGUACUGGCUUGAUGGGAAGAUCAUUGCUGUGGGGGUGAUUGACAUCCUUCCAUACUGUGUUUCAUCUGUGUAUUUGUACUAUGAUCCUGAUUAUUCAUUUCUGUCACUGGGUGUCUACUCUGCUUUAAGAGAAAUUGCUUUUACUAGGCAACUUCAGGAGAAAACAUCUCAACUCUGCUACUACUAUAUGGGUUUUUACAUACAUUCAUGUCCCAAGAUGAAAUAUAAGGGUCAGUACAGGCCUUCUGAUUUGUUGUGUCCUGAGACAUAUGUUUGGAUUCCCAUCGAGCAGUGCCUGCCUUCCCUGGAAAACUCCAAGUACUGCCGUUUCAACCAGGACCCUGAAGCAGUGGAUGAGGGUCGCAGCAAGGAGCCCGACCGACUGCAGGUGUUCCACAAGAAAGCCAUCAUGCCUUACGGUGUUUACAAGAAAAGCCAGAAGGACCCCAGUGAGGAGGCUGCGGUGCUGCAGUACGCGAGCCUGGUGGGGCAGGCGUGCGCUGAGAGGAUGCUCCUGUUCAGAAGCUGAGGGCCGCACACCUGCCUGGGUGCCUGAGCUGCAGGACACCUGCUGUCGUCCGGAACCAGACUUUCCCAUUUUGUCUAUCUUGUGGCUUUUCUAAAAUAUUUUGUGGCAAUGUAUUUGUGAGAAUCUCAUGGUUAAUAUAAAGAUUUUGAAAAUAAGUUAUGACCUAGCCUCAUAAUUGGGGUUUUUCAUUUUGUAAGUUUGUUUCUUGAGCAAAAUAUGCUCAACUUCGGUAAUUAAAAUUGUGGGAAGUGAUUCAGUCACCCUUGUGCCAUUUGUGUUCGGAUAGAGAAAUUCCAACUUCUCUUUCCUCGGAUCCAGUGGCAUUUAUGAUGGGGGAGCCUUAAGUGUGGGAGGAAGGUGGAAAAUGUUUUCUCUCUGGAGAAUAGAACGUGCUGUCACUCAGUGUUCAGUGUACAAUGACUGCCAGCCUCUACUUGUGGGGCGCAGCAGAAGCUGAAAGGGGAAACGCAGACCUGUGCGAGAUCUCAUGUUCUAAUUGGUCCUGUUCGUCUGUCAUCUUGGCAUAAUUUUUUCCCUAGAAUAAUUGUUACUUGUUCUCUUUUACUCUCAGAAGUUUGGACAAUAAAAUAUGUAAUUACCUUAGUGAUAUAUUAUUUGCUUUAUUUCUAAAAAUCUAAGAAACAGAGUAUUUAAAGAAAUUUAACUCCUGCCUUGAUUCUAAGCCUCAUCCAAAGGAAAUAGGCACUAAUUUUCCAUCCUUAGAACUCAGGACACUUGUCUUUGGUUAUUGAUGACUGGUUAAUAUCUGAUUACUUUCAUAGCUAUUCCACAGAUCACUUUUAAUCACCAGGAGUCACUCUGACCUCUGUGCUCCUUUUCUGGCCCUUUGAUUGAGAAUGGAGAAUGGGUACUGCCCUUGGUACUUCAGAGCAGAGGGAAGCCCCUCUUUCCCUCUCACUCUUGUUGAGCCUCCACCCAUUCAGCAGAUGCCUGCUGUACAGGUGGUGGGCACUGGGCUGGGCACAGGAGAAGAAUGGAGGUAGUUCCUUGAAACACGAUGGACAGGGAGGGCUGUUUCCUGGACACUCUCUCAGCUGGUCCCUCUUUUGCCAGUUGCUCUGCCACCCAACCUUUUUCAGUCCCCAUUUUGUCCAUUUUUCUGUUUUCUAUUGAUUGAUCUUUUAAAAAAACAUGCAAUAAAACUUAGUAGCUUGAAUCUCAUUACUGAUUUUAAAUUUUUUUCCCAAGAUGCACUGAAUUUCAACAAAACCUUGAACAGUAACCUUCAGGUAAUUAGAAUAAAAAGAUCACAAAACAAGGGUUUUAAAAAUCAAAUGUCUACAAAUUCAGUAUCCAUGUAAAUUGUACGUGUGUGUGUGUGUGUGUAUGAGAAAGAGUUCAAACUGCUGUUUCUUGGGUACCUUGCUAACUGGAGAUGGUGGACUGAAGAAAGCCAUUUUCUCUGAUCACAAAAAUUCUACCUUCUGAAAAUUUGAUCCACAAAAUAGCUUCCAAAAGCAUUUUAGAGACUGCGGUGGAACUACAUUCAGAAUUAGUAGAACUUUUUUUCUUUUCCCUCUAAAAUGAAGAUAUCUUUACUAUAUGGAUCUCUUAAAAAUAGAAAUGAUAUUGUAAGCAAUUAAAAUAUUGAGGAAAAGAAAGAAAGUAAAAGUAAUCUAAAAUUCUGCCAUACCCAGAGAAAGAAAAAGAAGUCUGCUGUACACACAUACAUACCUAUUUAUAUAAAUAAAAUUAUGGUCUACAUGCAGUUUUGGUUCAAGAGUAAUAAUUUAGGGAUAUGUCUGAAAUGUGAGAGAAAUUUCCAGAUCAGAUUGCACCCUGCCUGCCUGGUGUUCUAAGUUAGCUUCAGAGAGACAUAGGCUUAAAAAUGCUUCUACUUGGUUGCUGCAUCGAUGAGUAUGUGUUUUGAGAGAGGAGAAUGUGCUCGACCCAGGAGUCCUGGAGUCUCCAAGGCACAGGCUGGUUGUUUUGAAGCCUCACUGAGCAAAUGGUGGUGGUGGGCUAGGAAAGGACCGUUGAGGGAAGUGACCCUGCCAUGUCAGUUGAGGAGCAGCCUAGAGGCCUGCUUUUAUGUUGAUGGCUUUCAUCUAAAGGAAGACACAGGUGAACCUUGCCAAAAUAGUGGGUAUCAUUUACAGUCAUAGUGUUUUAGUGUCCCGAUUUCAGAUGAAUUCACACCUGCCUCCUGCCUUGGGAGCAGAGUUACAAUUUCAAUUCCCCAUGCCACUAGCAUUAUUGAAAAUAUUUCAGUUCUAUGAGAUUUUCAUUUUCUUGUUAAAUGUAAUCUGAGCACUUUUUGUAUUCUAAAGGUAGCAAUUAUUAUCAGAUGAAUAUAUUAUUCAUUUGAUUGAAUUUAUUUAGGAAAGAAAUUAUUACUGUUUAUGUUUUCUAGCUUAUACUUCUCAUCCGUUUUGCAAUUAAUAGUUUCAUUUGAUUUCUUAAUAUAUCAGAGCCUAUUAUGCAAAAGAACCUUUCCGUAUUUCUGAAUAAAAAAUGGUUUGAUUUUUUUAGACAUUGUAUUAUUUCAAUAUGAAUAAAAGAGAAUAUGAACAGUUAACUAAAAUGUAUCUAUUGUUGCUAAGUUAAAAAGGAAAGAAAUGAAGUGGAAACAGUUGGGAAAUAUUUGAAUUACAAGUUAUUCAAAUGAGUGUUCUUUUCCUACAGAAAACCAGUGACUGUAAGGCAAAACAAUUUUGAUUGCAUGUGAUAUUUUUGCUCAUGUAUAUGCUUUUUGAACAAUCCAUUUGAUAAAGCUUGAGUGGAAAAAAUAAA